GUGCUAUGGCAGUGGUCCCUUUGGUAAUAAAGUGAACAACAUCAGACAACGCUAAGACCCGCUGUCAAUCUCAUCAGCUCCCAGAGUUUGCUACAGUUGCUUUCUCCAACUCAUCGAUGGCUUCCUCCUCAUCCCCACGUCCACUCGAGCCUGUUGCUGACCUCCCAUCGUCCUGCAGUCCUGCAUCUCAUCAUCCUCUGAAGUUUAUAACUGAUGUUGGAUUAACUGUCUCUCAUGCUGAAAGCAAGGUUUCACCUUGCCAACAGGCUGAUGGUUCUCCGAGUGCUGAUGUAUUGGAGCCAGAGGUUACCCUUCCAGAGGAUAUCCUUUGGAAGAUACAUGCACUUAUGCCAAUGCAAGAUGCUGCUCGUGCUGCCUGCUUGUCUCAUAGUUUUCUUCACUCUUGGAGAUGCUAUCCCAAGCUCAUAUUUGAUAUGAUCAUAUGA